UAUUUUUCACCCGUAGAGGGCUGCAGAGCGCAAUGGUGUAUCAAAACUGGAUUAAUUAGAAGAAGAAGAAGAAGCACUCGGGUUUGUUUUGUUUGAUGUGCGCCAGGAGGAACAUGCGGGUUACCAUAAAAGCUUACUUUUGCUGUCUGUAAUUCAGAACUAUUUGAAUUAAUGUUUUCUCUCGGUGCUUCUACAUUGCUGUGGAAAAAUCGCAGUAUCGCGAAAUGAAGCUGAAGGAGUUGGAAAGCUGCCUGCAGCAGGUAGACACAUUUGAGGAGCCAAAAAUCCUCUUGGAGCAGUAUCCAACCAGCCCUCACAUUGCAGCAUGCAUGCUUUACACGAUUCACAACACGUUUGACGACAUUGAGGGUAAACUGGUGGCAGAUCUCGGCUGUGGCUGCGGAGUCCUCAGCAUCGGCGCUGCCUUGCUGGACGCGGGGUUGUGCGUAGGUUUUGAAAUCGACGAGGACGCACUAGAGAUAUUCAGAAGGAAUGCAGAAGAAUUUGAACUCUCUAACGUGGAUCUGCUCCAGUGUGAUUUAUGUCACCUGGAAGCUGAGGCUUAUGGCCAAAAGUUUGACACUGUUAUAAUGAAUCCACCGUUUGGUACAAAACACAACCAAGGGAUGGAUAUGAAGUUCCUCAGCGCUGCUUUAACCAUGUCAAAGACGGCUGUUUACUCGCUUCAUAAAACAUCAACACGAGAGCACAUACAAAAGAAGGCUAAUGACUGGGGAGUGAAGAUGGAAGUCUUAGCAGAACUGAGGUACGAUUUGCCGGCUUCCUACCGCUUCCACAAGAAGAAGUCGGUUGACAUCCAGGUGGACUUUCUACGAUUCUCCAAAACCUGAAUAUUUUUUUUACUGGAAUGGGUUCUAAGUUGCCUCUGCAUUUUUUCACCGUUUGUAAUAAAUGUGUUUGCUAAAG